AUGUCGGAAUUACCAGUUACUUCGCAAGAUCUACAUUAUAGUUACAACAAGCCUGAGCUGCCCAAGGUUCUCAAAAGACUGUUUAAAUCGCAUAAAAACCUUGACUUUGAAUCUGCAAUAUGGGAAAUGGUAAAUCUCGUGUAUAGGCCUCGAAAAGCACAUCGAACGUUUUACUAUCAGAGGCAAACCCGGAAUCGGUGGUCGCGGGAUGAUCCUUCUUUUUUCAUAUUGCAAAUCGGACUUUUGUUAGCCAGCUCGUUGGUAUGGUCAAUUGUCUACGGCCACUCGUUCCUAGGGUUUCUUAAGAUGAUGCUCAACAUGAUACUGGUGGAUUUCUUUGCAUUUGGUUUUGCGGUAGCUACAUUGUUCUGGUUGAUAUUGAACCGGAGUUUUUUCAAGUUUAGAUCCGCACAAAACUCGCGUGUCGAGUGGGCUUACUGUUUUGACGUACAUUGCAACGCUUUUCUGGUGGUUUGGUGUUUGCUGUACUUGGUGCAGUUUGUGCUUCUUCCAGUUAUCAAAUUACAUCGCUGGAUUGGCCUUUUCAUCGGCAACACAUUGUAUUGCGUCGCUUUCGGCCAGUACUUCGUGCUCUCGUUCUAUGGAUACAGCCAAUUGCCAAUUCUGAAAAACGUCAACUUCAUUCUGCUUCCUACGAUAUUCUUCGCUGGAUUGUAUUUGGUGAGCAUAAUAGGAAUAGAUUUGUCGGGGCUCUUCAGCUUCCGCACCUAUUGA